AAAGGGGCGGAGCUAGACGCCGGUAGAUGGUGGCGAAUGAGAAGGAAAAAAAAACGGAGAAAAAAAAAAAAAGACGGUGAGCCGGGUGAAAGAAAACGACUCGCACGGGAGAAGUUUCCUCGGUUUCUCCGAACUCCGUCUAAAUCCGAGUGAAGUGUUUCAGGUUCGACUCCCACCCCAGUGCCGUCUACAGGAUAGUGUGCGUGUGCGGGUGUCUGUGCGAGUGUGUGUGGGGGGAGAAACGGUUCAGCCUGCUGUGUGCGCUUCACCAUGGGUGACAUCAGUGAUCUGGACCGACAGAUCGACCAGCUGAGGAGAUGCGAGCUCAUCAAGGAGAACGAGGUCAAGGCUCUGUGUGCCAAAGCCAGAGAGAUUCUUGUAGAAGAGAGUAAUGUGCAGAGGGUGGACUCUCCAGUCACAGUGUGCGGUGAUAUUCACGGACAGUUUUAUGACCUGAAGGAGUUAUUCAGAGUGGGAGGUGAUGUUCCAGAGACAAACUACCUUUUCAUGGGAGACUUUGUGGACAGAGGCUUUUACAGUGUUGAGACUUUCCUUUUGCUCCUGGCCCUUAAGGUGCGCUACCCUGACAGAAUCACGCUGAUCCGAGGCAACCACGAGUCCAGACAGAUCACGCAGGUGUACGGCUUCUACGACGAGUGCUUAAGGAAGUACGGCUCCGUCACAGUGUGGAGGUACUGCACCGAGAUCUUCGACUACCUCUCCCUGUCGGCCAUCAUCGACGGCAAGAUUUUCUGUGUGCACGGAGGCCUCUCGCCCUCUAUCCAGACUUUGGACCAAAUCCGAACCAUCGAUAGGAAACAGGAAGUGCCGCACGACGGGCCGAUGUGCGACCUGUUGUGGUCGGACCCUGAAGACACCACAGGCUGGGGAGUGAGCCCAAGAGGAGCAGGAUACCUGUUCGGCAGUGAUGUCGUGGCCCAGUUCAACGCCGCUAACGACAUUGACAUGAUCUGUCGAGCCCACCAGCUCGUCAUGGAGGGUUACAAGUGGCACUUCAACGAGACCGUGCUCACUGUGUGGUCUGCACCCAACUACUGCUAUAGGUGUGGGAAUGUAGCAGCCAUCCUGGAGCUGGACGAGCACCUGCAGAAAGAGUUUAUUAUAUUUGAAGCUGCCCCACAGGAAACCAGAGGCAUUCCCUCUAAAAAGCCGGUGGCUGACUACUUCCUGUGAGCCUGCCGCAACCGUAGGAAAGGAAACGCCACCUUUUGCAGGAAGCGUCAUCAUAUAUUUACCUGUUUCUCUCUCUGUCCCACCCUUCCCUGCCCAGCUGUCUUAACUGUUGUUUUUUUUUUUUUUUUUUUUUAAAAAAGACUUUUUCUACUUUUUUUUUUCCUUUCUUUCUUUCUUUUGUCUGUUUGUCUUUCUGCUUAUUUUCUCUCUUAGCCACACACUGUCACCUGAACUUCUGUUACACAUACAAACACAGAGACUGGCUUUGUAGUUUCUCAUACUGCUGUAAAGUCACUUGCUCUCAUAAAUCUACUGUAGCUGUAUGCAAUUCUCACCAAUGUGAAUAGCACUAUAGUCAGUUGAAAGCCGCAGGGAAAUGGAGGUAAAGACGGAUGUGGCGUUUUUUUCCGAAUCCUCAAAGAGCCCUUCUUUGUUUUUAGGAAAGCUAUCGGAAAUCCACAUUACUUUUUAAAAAAAAUUCUUUUCAUCCGCUGUACCCUUUGGUUUAAACGUGUGGGCGAACAAAAACGACACUACUGCCCAUUGUUAUAGUUUAUGCAUCUUUUCGUCCCCUCUCAAGCCCUAGUCUUCGAGAUUGACUCUUGUGAAGGAAGGCCUACGACCCCUGCAGUGAUCAGCAGCCACACUGGAAAGUAUUGGAACAAAACCAAACUGUUUUAGGCAACAUGCUUUUUUUUCCUCCCAUCUGACUUCUCUCAAUAGAGGAAAUGGUGAUUUUUAUUAUUAUUUGUGACAAUAAACUGUACUUUUGUAUGAACAUAA